AUGGCCGAGUAUCUGCAGGACUCUGCAAGACCUCACAGCCAUCAUGGGUGCGAAGAGCUCACCGCCAACUUGCAAUUGUCAAGAAGCGACCCUUCCCAUCUCGCCAAGGCCAGGUGCAUCAAGCAGCUCGACGGUCUCGGCCUCAUGUCGGCAUGCCCCGUUAGCUUCGCCAAAAGUGCCUGCUGGCAGGGUUACUUUGGUGGCUUGGGCAGUAUCCGAUUCUCCUCGUUAGGCAACAACGGCCUUGACGACGACGGCCGCCACGGCGAUGUUACAUUCGAUCGCCACGCAUACAUUUCCUGCCGCCGAUCGAGAGAUGAUGCGUCUGUCUGCCGCUAG